GGAUCCCACAGCGCACUGAUAGUAAAGUCACUUCAGAAUUGAGGCGACCUCUGAUAGAACGUAGAGGCGCACCUCAGUUUCCAUCAUCCACGAACAAAGUCUUCGCGCCUAGAUUUAUGGGGCCAAGGAAUUAUCGUCCCAAUACCGCACGAACAGCAUAGAUACUGCUACUAAAUUCCCCUCGUUACAAUCACCGAAGCAUCCUCCCCAACCUUCUCCCUCACCUCGUUUCUCGAGUCCUUCACCACCUCGCACCAACUCAAACCCACUCAAGACUGAACUUAAUCCCUCUUCAAUUCCUCAAACCGCCCUGUCGCAAGGUGCCGCCUAGCUGGCAUUGCGGAAUUGGUCGAGAAGACCGAGAGGGUCGAGCAGGCGGUGUUCGAGCCGCGAUUGAUUCAGCCCGCACCGCUCCCUAACGCCGUGGGACGCGCCGAGCUCUAUGUCGACGAUGGCAUGGUGGUCGACGGCUCCGCUGAUCCCUCCAAUGUGAUGCUCCCGGGCGAGUCGGCGGGCGCAAGUAGUAACAGCCUCAUUCCGCUGGACGACAAUUUGGUAACUGACGUUUCGCCCGUCGCGAAGCAGCAGGUGUUGGAGCGGUGGUUGCAGCACGGCGGUUCCGGAAAUCCCAAGGAUCGCACGAGCUGCUCGAUGGACCGCGGCUCGUGGCAGGUGGAUGCCACGUGGCUGCUGUACGAUGCCUUGUGUCCGUACAUCUACCCGAACCAGAACUGCAUGAGAAACGGCCGCCCGGACCACCCCCGGCUGCCCGGUUCCAACACUCGAUCAAGCCACGCUCUACAGCCUUGUCGCGGGGAAAUCCAUGGUGUUCGUGGGCGACUCCGUUACGCGCAACACAUUUGAGUCGCUGGCGUGCCUCAUGUACGGCUUCUACGACAUGCCGGAGGAUCUGGCAGGAAUCAACAUGGCGAACGGGAUGAAGCGCGGGUUCGUGCGGCCGGCGUGCAACUUCACCCUGGCGUUCCACCGGACGAAUUUCAUGGUUGAUCUGAAGCUGGAUGACCCCGCCAAGCCUAAGGGAGGGGGCGUGAUGGACCUGAGCAAGCCGGACGAGAGGUGGAUGCGGCGACUGGCGCAACAUGAUAUCUUCGUUAUAAACACAUGUCAUUAGUGGACAGAUGCGAAGAUCAAGAGCUCAAGAUUCCGCUUUGCUCCACCCCACCAGGGCUUGUCUGUAGUGGAGGGAUUCCAGAAGGCGUGGGAGAUGACCCUUGGGCGUCUUCAGGAGCGAUCGCAUGCGGGGCAAGGUGCUGGUUACUCCAACUAAUUCAGCUACCCACUUCACGGGCCAGGAUUCUAAGAGUGAGUGCCCGCACACAGCUUUCGAUGAACGCCAUAGGAUUCCUUAAUGAGCGGUUUAUCAGGAACUAUAUGACGAUGGAGCCUUAUAACAGGGUGAUGAGGCAGCUUGUAUCGAGGAUGCAUGGGAAGGAGAGGGCGGAGGGGAGAGUGGGAGGAGCACAGGUGGUGUUGUUGGAUCAGGCUCGGCCGACCCUGUUUAGAAGUGAUAGACACCCAGGCAAGUGGGCGCUGCUGCCCAAUGGGGUGAGGGACUGCGAACAUUUUUGCCUGCCUGGAGUGCCUGACGUGUGGAACGAGAUGAUGCUUCAGCAACUAUGGGAGCUGGGAGAGGCAUGGAGGGAGUAGGGAAGGCUGGUUUCGAGGAGAGGGCUGGUCAAAGGAGAAUAAGCCAACAAGGAACUA